AUGGAACAUAUAACUGUAGAAUAUUAUCAUGCUGGUACUCCUUAUUUAUCACCAGAAGCUAUUGAGGAAAUUAUUCAAUCUCAAGGGACAGUUAAAAAUGCAUGCAGGAAAAUGGCUAAUAGAUAUAAUACUUCAACUCGUAGAAUAUAUGAAAUUUGGAAAAGAUAUGCUGAAGAUAAAAAGUCAAAGAAAAGAAAACCAGGAUCCAGCUCUAGAUCUGUUUGA